UACCCUGGAAUUUAAACUAUGGGGAAUCAAACUCAUUUGUGACUUUAAUACAGAACUUCUUUAAUAUGAUCUAACAGAUGUUUCCUGGCAUGGGGAUCGUAUUGUUGGUUGUUCGUGGAUAAUCUUGGAAAUGAGCUGCCUGAACUGUUAUGUAGUGCACAUGCAUGCACCCUACCAAGAGCUUUCUGGCUAUGGAGUAUUCUGGGGCACAAUUUUCAGUAUCUGUUGUUUGGAGCUGGUCCACUGGGCAUAAAUUAAAUACGGUUGGGACCAAAGACAGCAACUAUAGCCUAGUGGUUAGAGCACUCUACUGGGAGGUGGGAGGCUUGUGCUCAAAUCCCUGCUCUAUGUCAGGAAGUGUGUCUCCCACAUCCUUUUGUGAGUGUUCUAACCUCUGGGGAAGAGGGAGGGGGCUGUGCUACCUUCUCCUUUGUGUGGGUAAACAUGCUACUUAAUCAGGCCCUGCAGGCAAAGUAGGCAGGGGAAUAUCUAGUUUGAGAAUCCCACUGGGUUUUAGGCCUGAGACUAGGAGCUGGGUACCUGGACUCAAGCCCGCUCCCCACCUACUCCAGCCCUGCCAUGCUGCCUGCUCACCGCCUCCUGGCCCUGCACCUGCCCAGCCUCCGGGCCCCACCUCGAUCCUACGCCGAGGCAGCUGCCGGCCCGGCCCAGAUGUCCUUCACCUUUGCCUCGCUCACGCAGGUGUUGUGCAACGGAGCCACUGUGAAGCAGGUGGACAUUCCCCCACUGAGUGGCUCCUUUGGCAUCUUGGCGGCUCACAUUCCCACCCUGCAGGUCCUGAAACCUGGAGUUAUGACGGUCAUUGCUGAGGAUGGCAGUAAUAAGUACUUUGUGAGCAGUGGUUCCAUCACAGUCAAUGCGUCCUCUGUGCAGCUGCUGGCAGAACAGGUGGCUGCUUUGGACAUGUUGGAUCUCGCUACUGCUAAAUCGAAUCUGGAUAAGGCCUUAUCCCAGCUGGCUGCAGCACCUGAUGAAACAGCUAAAGUAGAAGCUCAGAUUAAUGUAGAAGCCAGUGAGGCCCUUGUAAAAGCCCUGGAGUAAUUAGGUGAUUCUGUUGUCCAUGUGCAGAAGCCAUGGGCUGGGCCUGACUCCCCCCCCGCCCGCCCGUUUGUACAGAUGGCAUGAGACAGACUGUUGCCAAUAUAUUGCUUUGAUCAAUUAAAGAAAACAAAAGCCAAAAACCUGCAUGCAUGCAUGCUCACAAGCAGAAACUUGGACUUUAGGCAUCUACAAUGUUAGGUGGCAGCUAAGCAGGGGGUUAAAGAUUCAGUGAUGCCUAAAGCAGUAGUUUAGCACUUAAGACUUUUGUGAAGCUAGCCCAAACUUAAUUUUCGUAGCCAUUUGUGCCCACUUCUAAGUCACAUUUGUUUAACAUCAAUAGGAACAUUUAAGCUAAUGCUGAGCACCUCCAAAAUCCCACCAACAAAUUGAGCUUCAAAUAAAAUGCACAGAAUCCUUAAAUUCCCUAUUUUCAUAACUUAAAUCUCUUCUGCUUAAAUUUGAGGGCCUGGUUUGACAGGAUACAAGCAGCAAGUCAUAUCAGUGAAGGCUUAGUAAUGCUAAUUGUGUAACUGAAAUGGUGUUCAGAUUGUGUAGCUCUUUACCUUCCUGCCUCUGAGUGGAAUUCAGUGCUUUCAGCUUGCAGUAAUUGAGCAAAUGUAUUUGUCUUUCUUCCAUAAAGAGGAAAUGGAAUGAGGGAACCUCCACUUUCAUGCCAUCUAUGGCUUUGCUACAGAAACUUGUGCUGAGGCAUGUUAUACAAAGUAAACUGUUUUCCCACAAAGUGAAACCCAUGACCUCUUAGUCAUGCCAGUGGGUCUGAUGACCAGUUUUCUGGCUUUAAAUUAAAGUUUAGAUGUGUGUGUGUGUGUGUUCAAGUGAUCUAGUACCCAUCCAGCUGGAUUCAGGACACGGGGGGGGGGGGGACAAACUGGUGAUGCAUUGAAUUCUGAACUUCUUAAAACUGAAAGUUUAACUUAGUUCUAUUCACAACUAAUGUGGGCGAUAACUUCACAAUAUGCCUUUUAUU